CAUCCUCUGCAUAUACAAGGCAUAUACAUACCUACUACAAUUGUUCGUGUUGUACGUCUUAAGAAAUUGGUCCAUAUCCUACCAACAUUGGAGGAUUCUACGACUGGAAACUUAUUUAUUAUGAGUGUCUCGCACCAGUUGCUGGGGUUGGGACCAGCAGAGAUGUUGGACUUUGAUAAACGAACUUGCUCCAGACAGGGCAGUGUUGGGGACAUUGAAAUAAUGGACGGAUUUCUGAAAGGCUUCAAUCUUAAUUAUGACGACACAAUCAGGCAGCUGGACAUCUACUAUGGAAUUGUGAAGCGGACCAUACUUCGCUACCAAAGUCCAGUCAACGGUUUAUUCCCCGUACUCUCGUCGGAUAACAAGGUCGGAAGUGUUCGAGACAGCAUUUAUUGCGCCGCAGCGAUAUGGAGCUUAUACCAGGCAUACCGGAGGAUUGAUGAUGACCGUGGGAAGUCGCAUGAACUAGGUCAGAGUGCCGUCAAGUGUAUGCGGGGAAUCUUAGAGUGUUGGAUACGCCAAGCAGAUCGAGUGGAACAGUUUAAGCAAAACCAAUCUCACCAGUUUGCCCUACACUGCAAAUUCCAUUUGGAGACUGGAGACACCGUGUUUGGGGAUGACGAGUAUUUUCAUCUUCAGAUUGACGUGGUGUCCCUGUACAUCAUAUACCUGGUUCAGAUGAUCACGUCUGGACUCCAAAUCAUAUUUGUUCAGGAUGAAGUCAACUUUGUUCAAAACUUGGUCUAUUACGUGGAACGUGCAUAUCGCACACCAGAUUACGGUAUGUGGGAACGAGGGAGCAAGUACAAUGACGGCACUGCUGAAAUUCACGCGAGCUCAAUUGGGAUGGCGAAAGCGGCUCUGGAAGCAAUCAAUGGAUGCAAUCUGUUUGGAGAUGUGGGGACCUCAUGGAGUGUAAUCUUUGUUGACAUUGAUGCUCACAAUCGCAAUAGGAGCAUUUUUGAAACAUUACUGCCAAGAGAGUCCAGCUCAAAAAACAUUGACAUUUCCCUUCUAUCCACCAUUUCAUAUCCUGCGUUUGCUACCCAUGACGAGCAAUCGUACUCAAAGACGAAACAAAAGAUUCUUCGGAAAUUGAAGGGAGACUACGGCUUUAAGCGCUAUCUUCGGGAUGGGUACAAGACGAUGGUGGAGGACACGGAGAGACGCUUCUACACGAAAGGAGAAACUAAGAACUUCGAAAACAUCGAGUGCCAAUGGCCAAUUUUUUACUUGUACAUGAUCAUUGAUGGAGUUUUCAAGGGGAUACCCGACCAAGUGGAAGAAUAUUGCCAAUUAGCAAAGCUUCGAUUGAUACGUGACAAUCUCGGAGACCCCAUCGUUCCCCGCUACUUCUACGUGCCCAAAGAGUCCAUUGAGGAGGAGAAGCAAGAACCUGGCUCCCAGGCCCGUCUGAUGAGUGGGAAGGGCUCCGAUAGUGAAGUCUUCCUUUGGGGGCAGGCCAUGUACAUUAUCGCCCAACUCCUCACUUCCGGACUCGUCCACCUCAACGAGAUUGACUUGGCGAGGAGGUAUCUCCCAACCUACAACCGGCCUCGUAGAGCCCUUAGAUACUCAGCAUUUCAGGGAACGGCGAGCGACCUUGUUGUCCAAGUCGUCCUCAUUGCAGAAUCCCAUCGGUUACAAGCCAUGCUGGCAACGUAUGGUAUCCAAGCUCAAACUCCCGUCGAAGUGGAACCAGUUCAAAUAUGGCCCCCAUCACAGCUCGUCAAGGUACACGAGUAUUUGGGUGUGAACAAGAAGCUGGGAUUGAAAGGAAGGCCUCCGAGACCGGUGGGAGCACUGGGAACGUCCAAGGUGUAUCGAGUGUGUGGUCAAACAGUGCUCUCUUAUCCACUCAUGUUUGAAGUGUCUGAUUUCUAUCUCAGCCACGACAUGACUCUUCUGAUUGAUGACAUUAAAACCGAGUUGCAUUUCGUGGGCAAGAACUGGCGACUUUCGGGGAGACCAACGAUGGUUCUCCUUAUCAGGGAGGACCACAUGCGAGAUCGAAAGUUCAAGGAGCUGCUGGACUUGUUUGCCGAGCUUAAGAAAGGACACUGUGACGGAUUAAAGGUUAGGAUUGGCCGUCUGCAGAACCUAAUCUCUUCCUCAUGCAUAGAACAUUUAGAUUUUAUGAACCACAUUAAUGUGGAUCUUAACGUGGCCCCCUUCCGCCAAGUUGUCCACGAGUACAGUGGGUACCAAAGUCUAACCGAUGUGCCCAAAGCCAUAGUUUUCAAUGACCCCUUUCUCCAAGUCAAAGAGUACAAGGAGCAGCCUACGAGCGAGAUUUUGGAAGCUUUUCGCAACCUGGAGGGAUUCUAUGCAAAGUGCCAGCUUCUGGGCUUCCUCUUGAAACGCGAGGGUGCGGACUUUCUGGUGGAGGAGGACUUAACAGUGCAGGAAGCUCUUCACCGAAUGAACGAUCAGGCAGGAGUUUUGAGGUUGUGGGGUGCUGUUCGUUAUGCUAGCAGUCUCCUUUGCCAACUUGUAGACUCGAUAAGUCCCUACAUAACCACCAUCUUGGUCAACGGAAAACAGCUCACCUUCGGGGUGGUGGGUAAAGAGGAAGUAGUGAUUGACAAGCCCAUGAGUCCUGCAGAAAUACGGGACGUAAUUUACUCCAAGGUGCAACCCUACGACAUUGUCCAAGCCACGCUGCAACAGGAGCUGGCUCUUUAUUGUGGCAAGCUGAUUGUGACCCAUCCUGACGUCUUUGAUGGGAUUCUCAAGAUUCGGAUUGGGUGGGUGUUACAAGCCAUCCAGCUCUACAUGGACAUUACGAAGGAGAACGUGAACGAAAAUUUUCAGUUGAGCUGGUGCAGUCCGAGCGAGGUGAGACGCCUUCUACAAAUCGUCCUCGACAUUGGCGAACAUCCAGACAAAUUGUCAGUGUUUCAACGCCGCCAAAUCGAGGGCUGCCUCUGCCGAGUGCCCACAAACUUUUAUGGGAAGGUAUGGCACGUCUUGAGAAAGACGCCGGGCGGAAUCAUCAUUGCAGGCAAGACGCUGCCCCAAGAGCCCACCCUGAGCCACAUGACCCUCUCAGAACUCAACUUUGCACUUCAAGUGGAAAUCAUGCUUCACAAUAUUGAACAUCCAGAGUACAUUCAGAUAGUUAUCGAGCUCCUUUGCGUCGUGUCCACAAUUCUGCAGCGGAACCCAGAGUUGGCUUUCAACGGAAGUUUGGACGUGGACCAACUCGUGGAAAGUGCAUAUCAGAUGUUUCAGAAGGAUUUUAAGGCCGAAGGAGCCAAGCACGGGGACAAUGAGUUGUACCCUUUUUUCAAUGCACCGGCGGCCACCACGACCGGCUACUUGGCGCGUGCCGUCGUCAACAACAUAUUGCAAGGCGACAUGAGGUUUGGAGUCGAGCUCAAUGAAUUCUCAAGGGCAGAAUUGUGUGUCAUUCAGUAACGAUAAGGAGUUGUCGUGCCCAACGCCACUAGAAUAAUCUAAGUACAUAAAUUUUUGCUGUUCCAUAAAAAUCUAGUCUUCCAUCUCAUCCUUCUUUGUGUUAAAUAACAAGUUAUUCGUGACUCAUUUGAGAAAUGUAAAGAAUAUAAAUUUUAAACACCAGUA